AGGUAUUAGAACAGGCAUGGAAACAUUUCAGUAACACUACAAUUUAUUGGGAAUUUAAGUACCUAAAUUCCCAGUAAAUUGAACAUACUUAAUAAAUAGGUAUGUAUGUACAUACAUAUGUACAUACCUAUUUACUAAUUUACUGUAACGCAACAUGACUGUAAUAAACGAUUUUUUUUUUAAGGGGAAAAUCAUCGAAUGAUUGCUCCCUUCUGGGUGAGGUGGGAGGGAGUGUCAGACUCUUACUGAGUAAAAACCACCCCGUUCAGCCACCUUC